AACAGCCCAUAAUCCUGCUGCAGACACACCUGUAGAGAGGUGUAUAAAGAGCCUGGACAGCAGUGGAUCCAGCACAGAUCAUCAGGAGUCUCUCCACAGUAGAUCUCCACACAAGGUCCAGAUCAAUCCUGAAGAUGACUCCCACUGUCAGUCUGCUGAUGCUGCUGCUGCUGCUCGGCCUCUCUCAGGCUCAUCCUCUCCAGGAUGAAGGAAAUGAAGAAGAAGCCACAGACGGCGUUGACAUCAGCACCAGGAUUCUGACCUCCAACAAUGCCACAGAUGAGAUCCUUCUGGAAGGAGACCUGCUGGCUCCCAGAACCAGAAACGCCAUGAUGUGCUGGUCUCAGAGCUGCCAGUGGAGGAAAGGUUCCAAUGGUCUGGUGACCAUCCCCUUCACUGUGAGCAGUGAGUUCACCAGCUGGGAAAGGCAGAAGAUCCAGUACGCCAUGAACGUCUACCACAGCAAGACCUGCCUCCGCUUCGUCCCCCGUCAGAGCGAGUACGACUACAUCAGCAUUGAGAACAGAGCUGGAUGUUUCUCUGCUCUGGGCAGAGAGGGAGGAAGACAGGUGCUCUCUCUCAACAAACAGGGCUGCCUCUACCACGGCAUCAUCCAGCACGAGAUCAACCACGCUCUGGGCUUCCAGCACGAGCAGACCAGGAGCGACAGAGACUACUACGUCAGGAUCAACUGGGAGAACAUCAACCCACAGAUGGCCUACAACUUCUACAAGCAGUCCACCAACAACCUGAACACUCCCUACGACUACUCCUCCAUCAUG